UCUUCUUUAGUACAUUUUAAACUAGUUAGUCUCCAUCUCCAAAACUGUACCAAUAUCCAUGGAUUGUAGAAUGCAGCUGCAAAAUCCUCAAGCUGAGGAACAUCAGAUACUUCAAUGGCAAACCAAAUCUGAACCCUCUCACUCAGAACAUGAUCAAAGACGAUCUGCCAAUUACAAACCGAACAUUUGGAAGUAUGCUUUCCUCGAAUCUCUUAACAGCCAAUUUGAUGGAGAAUGCUAUCUAAUUCAGAUUCAGAAGCUGAUAAAAGAAGUGAAGAUAUUCUUUGUUGAAUGCAAAGAAUCAGAUUUAAUGUCUAAGUUGGAGCUGAUUGACAGCAUCCGAAAACUAGGCCUCAACAACUACUUUGGACAGGAAAUCAAGGCAGCCCUAGAUACCAUAGCAGCCGUUGAACUGGAAAACAACGGCAAUUCCUGCAUUGGUUCAGAGGGUGAUCUCUAUGCUACUGCACUACUCUUUAAGAUUCUCAGGCAGCAUGGUUAUAAAGUUUCACAAGAUAUAUUUGGUGGUUUGAUCGACGAAAUGGGUACAUUAAAAACGAGCACAUCUGGGAAUGUCAAAGGAAUGCUUGAACUUUUGGAGGCCUCAAACUUAGCUUUAGAAGGUGAAGAUAUUCUAGAGAAGGCUAAAGCUUUCUUAAUGGCCACUCUCAGAGAUACCAGUUCUAUGAAGGAUGAUAUAGCCAAGCGUGUGACUUAUGCCUUGGAGCUUUCAUCGCAAAGGAGAGUGCAGUGGUUCAAUGUGAAAUGGCACAUCAAAGCCUAUGAGCAAUGCCAAACUGAUCAAGUCAACAUGAACAGUACUUUACUUGAGUUGGCCAAACUUAACUUCAACAUGGUUCAAGCCACACUCCAGAAAGAUCUUAGGGAAUCAUCCAAGUGGUGGAAGAACCUGGGUCUCACAAAGAACUUGGACUUUGCAAGAGAUAGAAUGGUCGAGUGUUUCAUGUGUGCUGGGGGAUUAGUUUUCGAGACAAAAAACAAGUCUUUUAGAAAAUGGCUAACUAAAGUUAUCAAUUUGAUACUUAUCAUAGAUGACGUUUAUGAUGUUUAUGGCUCGUUGGAAGAGCUAAAGCGCUUCACCAAAGCUGUUGAAAGAUGGGAUGCUACGGAAACUCAACAGCUUCCGGAGUGUAUGAAGAUCUGUUUCCAAGUACUCUAUGACACAACUUGGGAGAUUGCUUAUGAAAUUGAUGAGGAGAAUGGUUGGAACCAAGUAUUUCCUCAUCUAUGCAAAGUGUGGGCAGAUUUCUGUAAAGCAUUAUUGGUGGAGGCAGAAUGGUACCAUAAGGCCUACGCACCAUCUUUUCAAGUGUACCUUAGUAAUGGUUGGAUUUCAUCUUCUGCUUCACUGAUUUUCACUCAUGCAUUCUUCGCCACGGCACAUCAUGAGGAGGGAAUAGAUGAUUUUCUGCACAUGAAUGAAGAUCUUGUGUACAAUAUAUCAGUGAUACUUCGACUCUUGAACGAUCUGGGGACUUCUGCGGCCGAGCAAGAGAGAGGCGAUGCUGCUUCAUCAGUCCUAUGUUACAUGAGAGAAAUGAACGUUUCAGAAGAAAUAGCUCGAAAGAAGAUCAAAAACAUGAUAGACAAUGCAUGGAAGAAAAUAAAUGCAAAAUGCUUCAGCCGAGUGCCCGGAAUAUCUUCAUUUCUCAACAUCACCACAAAUAUUGCUCGUGUAGGGCACAGCCUUUAUCAAGAUGGUGACGGAUUUGGUGAUCAAGAGCAAGGGACUCGAGGACGUCAGAUCCUAUCUUUGCUAGCUGAACCUCUCUCUUAAUACCUUCAUAUAUAGAGUGAUGAUAGAUAGUUAUGGUGAUAAUUAUGUAGUUAAAUAGUGGUGAUCGAAUAGUGAGAAAGUAGGGGUUCUGUCCUACUGUUUUUUUUCUUCUAUAACAGA